AUGGACACCGGCCCCGUCCCACCACCAAGCCAGCCCCAGAUGUCCUCCGCCGGAAAGGUCAGCAAGGCGUGCCAACGUUGCCGCCGCCACAAGAGCCGCUGUGACCUCUUCCGGCCAUGCACCCUUUGCGUCCGGGCCGACGCCGAGUGUAUCUCCGACCCUGAUUCCACGCGUCCGCGCGCCAAGAGGCAAAAGCUGUCUGUCAGCUCCAGCACCAGUCGUCAGCCACGCGACCGCACUGCAGAGCCCCGCCCGUCGGCAGACGUCACAGGGACGCCCUCUGCUCGGGACGUGCCUGAGGUGGUGGACCAUCCAGCAGCUCCGACGCCAGCCUCGGCCCAGGACGUGUCACAGGUCGACGACUAUGGCGAAGCCGACUCGACCAUGGGCAUCACCCGUAGGAUCUUCCAGCUGGGGAGUCGGGACAUGGACUUGAGGCUCACCUCAGCCAUACCCGACGGCGAAAACCUCGCUCGCGCCGCCCCCCAUGCCGCCACCGACCAGACCCGCCAUGUCCGCCCCGUAUCCCACAUCCUUGGAUACUCGCUGCCGUCGCGCCCCGUCGUAGACUUUCUGCUCGAAGAGUACUUUGAGCGCGUGCACUGGUUCUCGCUGGUCAUCUACGAGCCGCUGUUCCGCAAGGAAUACGACAGCGUCGCCGACGGCCUCGCCUCGCCUGAGCAAAAAGGCUUUCUGACUCUGCUGACCAUGGUCGUCGGCCUCGCUGCCUGGUACCGCUCUCAGAGAAACGCCGUCGAAGAAGCGUUUCUUGCCGAAGACUUUCGCGCCUGGAGCUCCGAGCUGCUGCGCCAGACGGAGCUGCGGCUGUUUGAUCUGAUGGAUGAUUCCGACCUGACUUCGGUGCAGGUGUGCAUCUUACUAGGUUCAUACGGUGUCUAUCAUGGGAAGCCCAACGUUUCUUUUGCCCUGCUGGGCGCGAGCAUCAAGAUGGCCCAGGCAUUGCGACUGCAUCGCGAGCCUUCUCGGGGCGACCCAGGCGAGAUUGAGGAGCGGAAACGGGUGUGGUGGACUAUCUAUACCUGGGACAGGUUUGCUUCCAUCACCUACGGGAGGCCGCUGGGGAUCAAUGAAAAAGACUGCAAUGUCUCAAUGCCGGCGGAUGUGCUCGAGAGCCCUUGCUUCAGGUAUAAUUCCAGCGACGGCGGCGGCACCUUGAUCCACUAUUCAGCUUACCAGCGCGAAUUGAAUACACUGUACCAAAUCGCCUCUCCCAUGAUCGAAGCCAUCUUCGGCACAAGGGGCGGCGAAGCAGCCUCUCGGAGAGACCGCUCGAACGUGGUCGCAGAAAUAGACCAGCAGCUACGCGACUGGCACCAGCGCCUUCCCGCCCAUCUCGUACUCGAUCUCAACAACGACACCCACGUCGACACGCUCGCCGAGGCCCGAGCGCACCGCCUCCAGGCCCUGUCCCUGCAGCUGACCUACGACAACAUCGUCAUCGUCCUCCACCGGCCCUUCUUCGCCCAGCAGGUCAACUACCUCACCCGCGUCCUCCCCGUAAACCUACAAGGCUCAACCCCGGGAUCCACCCUGCACGUGGCCGACACCCCGCAGCCCAUGGCCAUGCCCGGCGGCUUCAACUCCGAGACGUGGUGGAACGCGGCGGUCCGCACAUCCCGCGUGACGGAGCUCCCCAACCUCGCCCAGCUCGCCACAGAAACCCACCUCGUAGCCUUCAUGGCGAUCAACCUCUUCAACGCCGCCAUCGUCAUGGUCGUGUGCGCCCUGUCGGAUCCCCUGUCGGACCGCGCGCAGGAGGCGAAGCGCAACAUCACACGCAUCUACCGCCUACAGGAGCUGCUGGGCUACCGCUCAAAGCUUCCCAUGCAGAGCAGCGUCAUCCUGCAGGAUGUCAUCCGCGUGUUGCUGAAUCGCGAGGCCGAGGCUAUGUUGACGUCCGUGGUCGGCUUGCCGGCGGCUGGGGGGAAGGGCGGGGAUCAGCGGCCGGGGCUGGGGCCGUCGGGGCAGUCGGGAGGAGAGGGCCGGUGGCCGGCUAGCCAGCAGCAGCAGGAUUCUCUCGGCAUGGCAGCGCUCGGGCGGUCGAGGACGGUAGAGGAUACCUUGAGGCUGCCGCUCGACAUCCCGGCUGGGGCGGUCGUGGACUCGGCCGGUGCCGUGGGGGAUCCGCAGGCUGAGCAUCUGCGCGAGGCGGCUAGGCUGAAUGGCGGUCUGGCCUACGUGCAGCGGGUCUUGCCGAAUGGCAGGGCCGAAUCACUCAGUUCAGCCGCGUCACAGAUGGGGCAAGGCCGCCAGGAUCUUUUGCAGGGUGAGUUUGACAGUCACGUCCCCGGACAGCGGGAUCCAGUCGUGUACGGCGGGAUGGGGUCGCCCCUUGGAACCGCGCUACAUGGGGAGAAAGAUCUGUACUGGAUCUGGAGUUCGGUGGCGGACUGGCCGUAG